ACUACAGUCCUACAGUACUCCAGUACUCCAGUCCUCCAGUACUCCAGUCCUCCAGUCCUACAGUACUCCAGUCCUACAGUACUCCAGUACUCCAGUACUCCAGUACUCCAGUACUCCAGUACUCCAGUACUCCAGUACUCCAGUACUACAGUCCUACAGUACUCCAGUACUCCAGUCCUACAGUCCUCCAGUACUCCAGUACUCCAGUACUCCAGUACUCCAGUCCUCCAGUACUACAGUACUCCAGUACUCCAGUACUCCAGUACUCCAGUACUCCAGUACUCCAGUACUCCAGUCCUCCAGUACUACAGUACUCCAGUCCUACAGUCCUACAGUCCUACAGUCCUCCAGUCCUACAGUACUCCAGUACUCCAGUACUACAGUACUACAGUACUCCAGUACUCCAGUACUCCAGUCCUCCAGUACUACAGUACUCCAGUCCUACAGUACUCCAGUCCUACAGUACUCCAGUCCUACAGUACUCCAGUCCUACAGUACUCCAGUACUCCAGUACUACAGUACUCCAGUACUCCAGUACUCCAGUCCUCCAGUACUACAGUACUCCAGUCCUACAGUACUCCAGUCCUACAGUACUCCAGUCCUACAGUACUCCAGUACUCCAGUACUACAGUACUCCAGUACUCCAGUACUCCAGUCCUCCAGUCCUACAGUACUCCAGUCCUGCAGUACUCCAGUCCUACAGUCCUCCAGUACUCCAGUACUACAGUACUCCAGUACUCCAGUACUCCAGUCCUCCAGUCCUACAGUACUCCAGUCCUGCAGUACUCCAGUCCUACAGUCCUCCAGUCCUACAGUACUCCAGUCCUACAGUACUCCAGUACUCCAGUACUCCAGUACUCCAGUACUCCAGUCCUACAGUACUCCAGUACUCCAGUACUACAGUACUACAGUACUCCAGUACUCCAGUCCUCCAGUCCUACAGUACUCCAGUCCUACAGUACUCCAGUCCUACAGUACUACAGUACUCCAGUACUCCAGUACUCCAGUACUCCAGUACUCCAGUACUCCAGUACUCCAGUACUCCAGUACUCCAGUCCUACAGUACUCCAGUACUCCAGUACUCCAGUACUCCAGUACUCCAGUACUCCAGUACUCCAGUACUCCAGUACUCCAGUACUCCAGUACUCCAGUACUCCAGUCCUACAGUACUCCAGUAGCUCCCAGGGCGGCUUUUAA